AUGGAGGAAUUGAAUAUCGAUUUUGACCUUUUCAAGAAGAGAGUUCUGUCUCUACACUCGGAAUAUCCGAAAUUUGAAAAUUCACCAAAUUCACUAGUGUUCGUGUUUGGUUCUUCAAAUGAUGAAAAUCCUUACCAGAAGACCACGAUUCUGCACAAUUGGUUAUUAAGUUAUGAGUUUCGUGCUACUGUUAUCGUUUUGGUUCCUGAAAAGAUUAUUGUUAUAACUAGUGCAGCUAAAGCCAAGCAUUUGGAGAAGGCUGUGGAUCUCUUUAAGGAUGAGAAAGUCAAAUUAGAAUUGUGGCAAAGAAAUAGUAAAGAACCUGAGCAUAAUAAGAAACUCUUUGUAGAUGCCAUUCAACUGAUGAAAGAAGCCGGGAAGGCAGUGGGAACGCCUGAGAAAAAUUCGUACCAGGGUAAAUUCAUGACCGAAUGGAACCCAUUGUGGGAAGAAGCAGUUAAGGAAAAUGGGCUUGAAGUAUUCGAUAUAUCCCUGGGUUUGUCUAAGAUUUGGGAAGUAAAGGAUGAGACUGAACAAGCAUUGCUGUCAGUGGCAAGUAAAGCGUCAGACAAAUUCAUGGAUUUAAUGGCUGAUGAGAUGGUCAGUGCAGUUGAUGAGGAAUUGAAGAUUACAAACGCAAAGCUAUCGGAUAAAAUCGAAAACAAGAUUGAUGAUGUGAAAUUUUUAAAGAAAAUGUCCACAGACCUCGCAUCUCUGUGUCCGUCCGGUCAUAAGUUCAGUAUAGAUUUUUUGGAUUGGACCUAUUCACCAAUAAUUCAAUCAGGUAGUAAAUUCGAUUUGCGAGUCUCGGCUAGAUCUAACAACGAUCAGUUACAAGGUAACGGAUGCAUUUUAGCUUCAUGUGGUAUACGUUACAACAAUUACUGUUCCAACGUUACAAGAACUUUUCUCAUCGAUCCUUCCGAGGAAAUGGUUAGGAACUACGAUUUUGUACUCGAAUUGCAGAAGGAGAUCAUUGAGAACCAACUGAAGGAAGGGCGUUUGGCAAAGGAUGUCUAUAAUUCGGUUUAUGAAUAUAUUGAGAAAAAUAGACCAGAUUUGGUUGCAAAUUUCACAAAAAACAUAGGGUCUUUGAUGGGUCUGGAAUUCAGAGACUCCACGUUCAUAUUAAAUGCAAAGAACGAAACUAGAAAGAUUCAAGCUGGUGAUUGUUUCAACAUUUCAUUUGGUUUCAAUAAUUUAAAGGAUAGUAAGACUGGCAAAAGUUACGCACUUCAACAAGCAGACACUGUUGUACUAUCUUUGGACACAGCAGAGCCCCAGAUUUUGACCAAAUGCGCCAAAUCAAAAGCUCAGAUCUCGUUUUAUUUCAACAACGAAGAGGAGAAUGAAAAGAGUAAACCAAAGAAGGCUUCCAAGCCAGAGCCAAACUCCAAGAUUUUAAAGACCAAGCUACGUGGUGAUGCUCGUGGAGAGUCAGAGGAGAACCAAAAGGAACAGAUCAGGAAAGAAAAUCAGAAGAAGUUACAUGACAAACUACAAAAAGAUGGUUUGUUACGAUUCAGUGCAGCGGAUGCCAAUGGUGCUGGGAGCGAACCUCGUCAAUACUUCAAAAAAUAUGAGUCUUAUGUUCGUGAUUCGCAGAUUCCUACCAAUGUACGUGAUUUGAGAAUUCACGUUGAUUGGAAAAGUCAAACGAUCAUUUUGCCCAUUUUUGGUAGACCGGUGCCAUUCCACAUUAACUCUUACAAAAACGGUUCUAAAAACGAAGAAGGUGAGUACACUUAUAUUCGUCUAAAUUUUCAUUCUCCAGGUGCUGGUGGUAUCUCUAAAAAGGUGGAAGAGCUUCCUUAUGAGGAUUCUCCAGACAAUCAGUUUUUCCGUUCUAUUACUCUGAGAUCACAGGAUGGGGACCGUAUCAGUGAAGCUUUCAAACAGAUCACUGAUCUGAAGAAGGAGUCUACGAAGCGUGAGCAAGAGCGUAAAGUCUUGGCUGACGUCAUUCAACAGGACAAACUAAUCGAAAACAGAUCGGGCAGAACGAAGAGACUUGACCAAAUCUUUGUUAGACCAAGUCCUGACAGUAAGCGUGUACCUAGUACGGUUUUUAUCCACGAAAACGGUAUCAGAUAUCAGUCACCCUUGAGGACCGACAGUAGAAUUGAUAUCUUGUUCUCUAAUAUUAAGAACUUGAUUUUCCAAUCGUGCAAAGGUGAGCUGAUUGUCAUCAUUCACAUCCAUUUGAAAAAUCCUAUUCUUAUGGGUAAGAAAAAGAUCCAGGAUGUCCAAUUCUACCGUGAAGCUUCUGACAUGGCAGUUGACGAAACAAGCAUAGGGAGAAAAUCUCAGAUGAAGUUCAGGAGAUAUGGUGAUGAAGAUGAGUUGGAGCAAGAACAGGAAGAAAGAAGGAAGCGUGCAGCUCUCGAUAAGGAGUUCAAAUAUUUUGCAGAUGCCAUCGCUGAGGCAUCAAAUGGAAUGCUUACCGUGGAAAGCACAUUCAGAGAUCUUGGGUUCCAAGGUGUUCCUAGCAGAUCUGCUGUGUUCUGUAUGCCAACAACCGACUGUUUAGUCCAGUUGAUUGAACCCCCUUUCCUGGUGAUAAACCUGGAAGAGGUCGAGAUUUGUAUCCUGGAAAGAGUCCAGUUCGGAUUGAAGAACUUCGAUAUGGUCUUUGUCUACAAAGAUUUCAAUAAGCCUGUUACUCAUGUCAACACCGUUCCUAUCGAAUCACUGGAUUUCCUAAAACAAUGGUUGACCGACAUGGAUAUCCCUUAUACCGUUUCGUCCAUCAACUUGAAUUGGAGCACAAUUAUGAAAUCAUUGCAAGAAGAUCCCCACCAAUUUUUCCUCGACGGUGGUUGGACUUUCUUGGCUACAGGAUCUGACGAUGAAGCUUCAGAUGCCAGUGAGGAAGAGAUCAGUGAAUACGAGGCAUCAGAAGAAGACCCAUCAGAUGAAAGUGCUUUCUCAGAUGAAGACGCUUAUUCCGAGGAGGAAGACUUCAGUGAUGAAGGCAGUGAAGAAGUUAGUGGCGGUGAUGAGAGUGAAGAAGGAGAUGAUUGGGAUGAAUUGGAGAAGAAAGCAGCAAAAGCGGACCGUGGCCAUAGAGACUGA